ACAUUCAUAUACAUGCACACACACACACACACUAGUCUGAGCAUCCUGGUAGCGAUUACUCCCUGUUUAUUCUCAAGUCCAUCAGUAAUGACAGCAUUGUAUCAACCGUGGUGCGCGCCGCGGUAGCGCCAUAAGAGAAGACGUACAGGUGGCACUGCAGCUGCCGCGCUACUGUGUGUAGUGGCCACACUUGACUAACUAACGGUGGCUAAUUGCCGCCGCUGCCAUUGUUUGUUGUUGCAGCCCCUCAUCAAACAGAUCACAGAUGUUGUAGAUCAAGCUCUCUAAGCUUUUCUCUUGCAGACUGUCGUUGUGUCAAUACUUGUUGAGAAGCAGUGUGCCAGUGAUCUAGGAGGUGAAUGCAGUCAAGCUUUUCUGAAACGCUGGGGUUGUUGGUGUGGCCAAAUUCUCCCUGGAUUUGAUUGGUAAAUUCAGAAGACUGAAGCCCAGGCUCACAGUCUACCUUUCACGGAGGCCCAGCCGUGAGAGGACUGAGGAAGGCACGUGGCGGAUCAUGACGGCCGACAAAGAGAAGGAGCGGGAGAAAGAGCGGGAUAGAGACAGAGACAGGGACCGGGACAAGAGGGAGGCUGGCAAGUCCCGCCGGCAGGACGGGGAGAGCGAGAGCUCCAGGCCCCGACGCAGCUGUACGCUGGAGGGCGGGGCCAAGAACUAUGCAGAGAGCGAACACAGCGAAGAUGACGACAACGACAACGGCAGCACAGGCGGAGGCAGUGGUACAGCCGAGGAGGCCGGCAAGAAGGGCAAGAAGAAGACGCCCAAGAAGAAGUCGCGCUACGAGCGCACAGAGAACGGAGAAAUAACAUCCUUCAUCACAGAGGACGAUGUUGUUUACAGACCUGGAGAUUGUGUGUACAUUGAGAGUCGGCGGCCCAACACUCCCUACUUCAUUUGUAGCAUUCAGGAUUUCAAGCUGAGUAAACGGGACCAUCUGCUGAUGAAUGUGAAAUGGUACUACCGCCAGUCAGAGGUGCCCGACUCUGUGUACCAGCACCUGGUGCAGGAUCGCAACAAUGAGAACGACUCUGGCCGGGAGCUGGUUAUCACGGACCCCGUGGUCAGGAGUCGAGAACUCUUCAUCUCUGACUAUGUGGACACUUAUCAUGCUGCUGCUCUCAGGGGGAAAUGUAACAUUUCCCAUUUCUCCGACAUUUUUGCUGCCAGGGAGUUCAAAGCCCGCAUUGACUCCUUUUUCUAUAUCCUCGGAUAUAACCCAGAGACCAGGCGACUAAACAGCACACAAGGGGAAAUCCGAGUGGGACCCAGUCACCAAGCUAAGCUCCCAGAGCUGCAGCCCUUCCCCUCUCCCGGUGGCCAGGCUGUGACCGAGAAUGAGGAGCUGGUCUGGAUGCCAGGGGUCAAUGACUGUGACCUUCUCAUGUACCUCAGAGCCGCAAGGAGCAUGGCUGCCUUUGCAGGGAUGUGUGACGGAGGCUCAACAGAAGACGGGUGUCUAGCAGCCUCUCGAGAUGACACUACAUUAAACGCACUUAACACUCUUCAUGAGAGCAGCUACGAUGCAGGCAAGGCUCUCCAGCGCCUGGUGAAGAAGCCGGUACCCAAACUCAUAGAGAAGUGCUGGUCUGAGGAUGAAGUGAAGCGCUUCAUAAAAGGAUUGAGACAGUUCGGCAAAAACUUCUUCAGGAUCCGGAAAGAGCUGCUGCCCAACAAAGAAACGGGAGAGCUAAUUACCUUCUACUACUAUUGGAAGAAGACCCCAGAAGCAGCCAGUUGUCGAGCGCACCGCAGACACCGGCGCCAGCCCGUCUUCCGCCGCAUCAAGACACGAACCGCUUCGACUCCUGUCAACACUCCGUCACGACCCCCCUCAAGCGAGUUCUUGGACCUCAGCUCGGCCAGUGAAGAUGACUUUGACAGUGAAGACAGCGAACAGGAGCUGAAGGGCUACGCCUGCCGCCACUGCUUCACUACCACCUCCAAGGACUGGCACCACGGGGGCCGGGAGAACAUUUUGCUGUGCACAGACUGCCGUAUUCACUUCAAGAAGUACGGCGAGCUGCCCCCCAUCGAGAAGCCCGUGGACCCGCCUCCCUUUAUGUUCAAACCAGUCAAAGAGGAAGAGGAUGGACUCAGCGGGAAGCAUAGCAUGAGGACCCGACGGAACCGAGGCUCGAUGUCAACACUACGUAGUGGUCGUAAGAAGCAGACAGCCAGUCCCGAUGGCCGAGCCUCGCCUACUAACGAGGAUUUGCGCUCCAGUGGACGCACCUCACCCAGCGCAGCAAGUACUGACAGCACUGACAGCAAGACGGACUCCAUGAAGAAGCCAAGCAAGAAGAUCAAAGAGGAGGCUCCUUCACCAAUGAAGAGUGCCAAACGGCAACGAGAGAAAGGAGCCUCAGACACAGAAGAGUCAGAGAGGGCUACUGCCAAGAAGUCCAAAACACAAGAGCUAAGUCGACCAGACUCACCCUCAGAGUGCGAGGGUGAAGGGGAAGGCGAGGGCGAGAGCUCUGAUGGGCGCAGCAUCAACGAAGAGCUUAGUAGCGACCCAAAAGACAUUGACCAGGACAACAGGAGCUCCUCCCCGAGCAUCCCCAGCCCCCGCGACAAUGAGAGCGACUCAGACUCGUCUGCCCAGCAGCAGCAGCUCCUGCAGAGCCAGCAUCCUCCAGUCAUCCAGUGUCAGCCAGGCACCUCAGCAGCCUCCUCGGCACCUCCUCCACCUACGACCUCAGCCCCGUCACUGCCCCCGCAGGUUUCCCCUAUAGCGGCCUCCACCUCUCUACCUCCCCAGCCCCUGCCCCAGGCUAGCCCGAUGUCUCUCAUCCAGUCAGGAGCGUCCCUUCACCCUCAAAGGCUUCCCUCCCCACAUUCACCUCUGACUCAGGCUCCACCUCCCGGCCCCUCUGUCCCACCUCAGUCAUUACCCAGCUCGCAUCAUGGCCCCAUGCCUCCCAUGCCACAUCCACUGCAGCCUGGCCCCUCACACAUGCCUCACCCUCAUUCCAUGCCCCCUCAGGGCUUCCCUGUAGGUCAGUCUCAGGUUCCACCCCUGCCAAUCUCUGGCCAAUCACAGCAGAGGCCGCACACGCCUCCCUCCCAGGCCCAGUCAUCAGUUCAAAGUGGAGGCCAGCCUCCCAGAGAGCAGCCUCUACCCCCUGCACCGUUGUCUAUGCCUCAUAUCAAGCCCCCACCAACCACACCCAUCCCUCAGAUGCCCAACCCACAGUCCCACAAACACCCACCUCACGUUUCUGCACCUCCAUUUCCUCAGAUGCCUUCAAACCUGCCUCCACCGCCUGCCCUCAAGCCCCUCAGCUCUUUAUCCACCCACCAUCCUCCAUCAGCACACCCACCUCCCCUCCAGCUCAUGUCUCAGGGGCAGCAGCUUCAGCCUCCCCCAGCACAGCCCCCAGUUCUCACCCAGUCCCAGAGCCUUCCGCCAUCAGUCAGCCACCAACCUCCUCCAGCUCCCCCGCUGCCGCCUUCCGCAGCGGCCUCACACCCCAACGGGCCACCGCAGCCGCCAUUUUCGUCCCAUCAUUUCAAUACAGUUCUACCUCCAACCGGCCCAUCCUCAUCAUCAAACUCUAUGCCUGGCUUACAGCCUCCACCUUCCUCUGCUCCAUCCUCCUCCAUCUCCAUGCCGCUCCCUGCCUCAGUGACUUGUGCCGGCCCGGGCCCAGCACUCCCACCAGUACACAUAAAGGAGGAGCCCUUGGAUGAGCUUGAAGAGCCCGAGAGCCCCCCGCCCCCACAGAGAAGCCCCUCCCCAGAGCCUACUGUCGUCAAUACACCCAGCCAUGCCAGCCAGUCAGCACGGUUUUACAAGCACCUGGACCGAGGUUACAACUCGUGUGCUAGGACAGAUUUCUACUUCACUCCCCUGGCUUCAUCUAAACUUGCCAAAAAACGAGAGGAAGCUCUGGAGAGAGCGAAGAGGGAAGCAGAACAGAAAGCAAGGGAGGAGAAGGAGCGAGAGAGGGAGAGGGAAAAGGAACGUGAACGAGAGCGGGAGCGAGAAAAGGAGGCAGAGCGAGCUGCGAAAGCCUCAAGUUCCUCUCACGACGACAGAAUGGGUGAACCUCAGAUGGUCGGCCCCGCCCACAUGCGUCAAUCCUUCGACGGCCCCCCCACUACGAUUGCAGCCGUGCCUCCGUACAUCGGCCCCGACACCCCUGCCCUGCGCACCCUCAGCGAGUACGCCCGACCCCACGUCAUGUCCCCCACCAAUCGGAACCACCCCUUCUUUGUGUCGCUCAACCCCGCAGACCCGCUGCUGGCCUAUCAUAUGCCAGGCUUGUACAAUGCCGACCCGGCCAUGCGGGAGCGCGAGCUGCGAGAGAGGGAGAUGCGUGAGAGGGAGAUUCGUGAGAGGGAGCUGAGGGAACGGAUGAAGCCCGGUUUCGAGGUCAAGCCUCCGGAGAUGGACUCACUCCACCCUUCUACAAACCCCAUGGAGCACUUUGCCCGGCAUGGGGCCAUCUCAUUGCCCCCUAUGGCCGGCCCUCACCCGUUUGCUUCGUUCCAUCCCGGCCUGAACCCACUAGAGCGUGAGCGACUAGCGCUCGCUGGGCCCCAGCUGCGGCCAGAAAUGAGCUACCCAGAGAGGUUGGCAGCAGAGAGACUCCAUGCUGAGAGGAUGGCCACCGUGGCCAAUGACCCCAUCGCUCGUCUACAGAUGUUCAACGUGACGCCACACCACCACCAGCACUCGCAUAUUCACUCCCACCUCCACCUCCACCAGCAAGAUCCCCUUCACCAAGGUGGUGGUGAAUGCCUUGUGUGUCCUUCAGGUUCGGGGGGCCACCCCCUGGCAGUUGAUCCCCUGGCAGGAGGACCCCACCUUGCCCGCUUCCCUUACCCACCCGGCGCCAUCCCCAAUCCGCUCCUCGGCCAGCCACCACACGAACACGAGAUGCUGCGCCACCCAGUCUUCGGUAUGCUUUCGGGCAAUAUCAACCUUCAUCAGCAACAAUAUCGCAUCCAACCCUAUCAUCACGAGCUGUGCCAGAUUCCCUCAUCAAAUCUUGUGUCUACGCCUAACCCAGGUACACCAUACCCACGGGAUCUCCCAGCAGGUAUGCCACCACCCAUGUCUGCAGCCCACCAGCUGCAGGCCAUGCAUGCACAGUCAGCUGAGCUCCAAAGGCUGGCCAUGGAGCAACAGUGGCUCCACGGACACCAUCACAUGCACGGAGGACCACUCCCUGGCCAGGAGGACUACUACAGCCGGCUGAAAAAGGAGAGCGACAAGCAGCUGUAGUCAGCCGAGGGAGGCGGCGACAGAUGGGUGCAGGACACAGGAAGUUGUUACAGAGCGGUGUUGCAGAGGCCCUCGUGCCUCCUCCAGACACAUUCAGUCUGGAAGAACGGAAAAGGCCAAGUGGAUCGUCUGAGAAAUCUUCUCAUAUUCGGUUUCUGUUCUUGUCAAGGACUUGUUUAUUUUUUUUCCCAAGACAUUGACUUUCUUUUUGGUAUAUAGCCAUUAGUGACAACGUCCUCAAGACCCCUGCAUGACAAGCUUCCCUGACUUUUUUUUUUGUAGGUGCUAGAACAAGACACUGUGCUUAUCGACAAAAAAAAAAGACAAAGACCGGUCGGGCCGUUUAUUGAAAAAUAACAAGUGCUAUCUUAAAUUCAACAUUUAUUUUAAUACAUUGUUGGAGGUUUUUCAUAACUUUAAGAAAAAGCUACAGCAUGGCGUUUUUUGAGUCUGUAAAUAGUAUAUAUAAACAUAUAAUUAUUAUUAUAAUUAUUAUUAUUACUAGGUGUGGACUCCAAACCAAGUCGUUUCAACCUCCAAUAUAAUUGUUUUGAAGCAUUAUCCCUUGUUUCAGAGGGGAGCACAAUGGCAUUAUAUGAGCAGUUUCUGAGAGAGUUGCAGUUCAGUUGUGACGUUCCUCUGACAUCACUGUGUUAGAUUUAGUCCCACAUGUCACACCCACCGCAUCCGCACACACCACACACACACCUUUGACACGCAGCCGGUCGUCAGAAUGUGUCAACUCAACGCGUUGAGUUGGAAAAUGUCGUGAUACACUUGAAGAGGCUUCUGUGGAGUGCACACGGACGCCGGAGAUUCAAAAGAGAAACAAAGGCUUGCACUGAAAAGACGAUCCCUGAGCUCCACUCGAUUGGUAUCAUUCUUUUUGUUCAGCACCGAUGUUUAAAAAAUGGAGUAACGCUUCUGUAACUUUGUCCUAUUUACAGAGAAUGGUUUUAAAAAUGUGGACGCAUACAAACAUUUUUGGCUGAAGUGAAGACAAUAUUUUUUAAAAUGGCUUUGAGUUCUUUUAAAUUAAUGGGACUUGAAUUUUUAACAUUGUUCAUUAUACCAAGAGCCCAACAGGACUUUGUUUUAUUGUUUUUUUUAAAAUGUGCGAAUGGUUGUGAGUCGGUGCUACUUUGUGUCGUGGUGUUUUCUCUCCCUGGUCCAGUCAGAGGUGUCUGUUGCAGGGCUCAUAUCGGACUAAGUCGAUGGCUGUAAUAACGUUCACUGUGACACUAGGGGGUCCUGCUGACACGUGACCAGCAGCAGAGGGUGGAUGAGUGUGUGUGUGUGUGUGUGUGUGUGUGUGUGUGUGUGUGUGUGUGUGUGUGUGUGUGUGUGUGUGUGUGUGUGUGUGUGUGUGUGUGUGUGUGUGUGUGUGUGUGUGUGUGUGUGUGUGUGUGUGUGUGUGUGUGUGUGUGUGUGUGUGUGUGUGUGUGUUCACCAUGCUUUCACAUGCCUUGGUUCCGUAGGGAUACGCAGUCUCCUGGGCCUCAGGAGUGGUGUGUUUGUGUGCCACUGACUGUUACCUGUAGUGUUCACCUGUCAUAUCAGUGCACAUGAGCCCGAGUUUGUUUUCUUUCUUUUUCUUUUCUUUUCAUGACAUCAUUUCUGCAUUUAAGUGCGCUAAGACUGUUUUAACUCUCAUGAUAUGUAGAAAACUGUGGCUUUUUUAAAAAAAAAAGAAAAGUUUUAUUUUAAUCAAAUGAAGAAACUGUACUGAUCAUAUCUUCUCUCAGAGCACUAUAAUUUACGUUUAAAUGGUCGCGGACAUUCGACAUAUUCCAACAUUCAACUCAUUCCCCCUUUUUAACGAUCCAAAAAAAAAGUAUUUCAGCCCCGACAACAACCUGUCACUCUGUCUGGCCAUCUCCCACUGAGUCCUGUCUCUCAUCGGACGAUGUACUCCUCAUCCUCAUCAUCCCUUGCCUCGUUUCCUGAUGACUCCCUUGCCUUUUACUCUCCUUUUCGUGUCUCCAAAACCUUUGAUGUUAAGUGUUGUCAAUGGUUUAGCUUCUUGUUUCAAAGCGGCAAUAGCAGAAUGUAAAUUCUGACUGCUAAGAUUUAUAUAUAUACUGGUAUCUUGAAGCUUAUUGUAUAUAUGAGUAGUCGCCAUGGGGAUGACACAAUGUAAACAAAAAGUAGAAAUAAUAAGAAAAAUUGUGAGUCCUGUGUUCUCUCCAUUUGAGUAUUUUGUAAUUUUUUUGAAAAAUUUGUGGAAUUAAAAUAAACGACUAAGUUACACCACAA